AUGUCCGCUCGCCUGAACAACCUGCUGCAGCACAUUGCUGUGAAAGACAAAGACAGCGACACAAUGCGACACCUGAAGCAGCGCAUGGCGCUGGCGUCCCUCGCGAACCAGUUCACGGUGGGCAAGGACCACCUCAAGCAGCUGAUGUUGUACAUGGUCCACGAGAUGAUUGAGGGACUGGAGGGCCGCGAGAGCACUUUGCGCAUGCUGCCUUCUUACGUGUACAAAACCGAUCCCAGCAAGGCGACAGGCGUCUUCUACGCGCUGGACCUCGGGGGCACGAACUUUCGAGUGCUGCGUGUGACGUGCAAGGAAGGAAGGGUAGCGGACCGUGUGGACGCCAAGUUUGUGAUUCCGCAGCAGGCACUGCAAGGAACGGCAGAGGAUUUGUUUGGCUUUAUUGCGCAGAGUGUGAAGAAAAUGAUGGAGCAGAAAGCACCGGAGGACUUGAACCGCACCGUGCCGCUUGGCUUCACAUUUAGCUUUCCAACAGAGCAGAAAGGCGUCGAUCACGGUUUCCUGAUAAAAUGGACGAAGGGUUUCUCGACACGGGGUGUGGAGGGGAAGGACGUGGUGGAACUUCUGCAGAAGGCAUUGAAACGCAUGGAAGUGAAGGUGAAAGUGGUGGCACUCUGCAACGACACUGUCGGUACGCUUAUCACGAACUACUUCUUUGAUCCCGAUACGCAGGUUGGCGUAAUCAUCGGCACCGGCUCCAACGCGUGCUACUUCGAGGAUGCCUACGCCGUGACGAAGGAACCCUCAGUGGCCGCGCGCGGUACGACACAGACACCAAUCAACAUGGAGUGCGGGAACUUUGACUCCAAGUACAAGUUUGUGCUGCCGGUCACCGCGUACGACGAGGCGAUGGAUGCCGUUACGCCGAACCGCAACUACCAGACGCAAGAGAAGAUGGUCUCCGGCAUGUAUCUUGGGGAAAUCAGUCGCCGCAUGAUAGCGCAUCUUGCCGAGUUGCAUUGCCUGCCAAGCGCCCUUGCAUCCAAGAUGGCCAAGCCGUGGAGCUUUGAGACGAAAUUUAUGGGCAUGAUAUCCGCAGACCGCAUGCCGGGUCUGCAGUUCACGCGUCAAGUGUUCCAAGAGCUUUUCCAUGUCGACGUGACGGAUGUUGCAGACCUGCACGUGAUCCGUGAUGUGUGCUGCCUGGUGCGCGGCCGCGCUGCGCAGAUCAGUGCCAUGUUCUGCAGUGCGCCACUUGUGAAGACAAGGAAAGAGGGCCGUGCGACGGUCGCGAUCGAUGGCUCCGUGUUUGAGAAGACACCGUCAUUCCGCCGCCUGCUGCAGCAAAACAUGAACGCCAUUCUCGGUCCUGGGUGUGAUGUCACGACGGCACUCGCAAGGGACGGCAGCGGCAUUGGCGCCGCUUUUAUCUCCGCGCUGGUUGUGAACGACAAAUAA